AAAGACAUAGUAUCCAAUUAGGUCAAAAUAUUUUUUUAAGAAAAUCAUACAAUUCAUGGAUAUGGCGUAAAUUGGUGUAUGUGAAUAGAAAUAGAAGAAAAACAGAUUGUUCUAGAAAAUAAAUGAUGGCUGCACGAGGAGACAGAGGUGUUUCAAGAGUACUUGAUAAGUUAGAAGCAUCUGUUAACUCUGGCCAUUAUUAUGAGGCACACCAAAUGUACAGAACCCUUUAUUUCAGAUACCUUAGUCAAAAGAAAUAUGAGGACUUAUUAAAUCUACUGUACAAAGGUUCAACGUUGUUGCUACAACGUGAUCAGCAAGGGAGUGGAGCAGACUUGGCUAUAUUACUCAUAGACGUGUUGAAUAAAUCAGUAACUGAGCCGUGCCACGAAUGGAUCGAGAAAAUAGCAAAGUUAUUCGAAUUAAUGAGUUCUAGUAUACCAGAAAGAGAAUCCUACCUUACCAAUGCUGUCAAAUGGUCUAUGGACAAUAACAAAAAGGGACAUCCACUACUUCAUCAGAGAAUUGCUGAAGUGUACUGGAAAGAGAAGAAGUAUGCAGCUGCCCACAGACAUUUCUUGCAUUCAUGUGAUGGAACUGCAUAUGCCAGUAUGCUAGUUGAACUCCAUACAACAAAAGGAUUAAAAUCUGAAAUAGAUUUGUUCAUCGCCCAGCCUGUAUUGCAGAUUCUUUGCCUGCGUAAUAUACAAAUGGCCACAGAAACAUUUGAUAAAUACACUGGCUUACACCCUACAAUAAAUAAUAAUAAAGGGCCACCAUAUCUAUUCCCAUUAUUAAAUUUUCUGUGGUUUUUAUUACGUGCAAUUGAACAGAAACACUCAACUCAAUUCAAAAUUCUAAGAAGUUGGUAUGCAAUAAGUAUUAAAAGGGAUCCCAAUUAUUCAAUGUAUUUAGAUAACAUUGGUCGCAUUUGGUUUGGCAUAGAAAUACCACCUGACAACAAGAACCCUAAUUCAGUAUUUGGUGGACUUUUGAAAUCUAUAAUAGGUGAAGCUGACAGUUCUGAUGAUGAUGGAGACUAUGUAGGAAGAAAUGCUGCCGCUCCUGACUUAGAUUGAUUAAGUGAAAGUAAAUCAUUUAGUUAACAACACAUUGUUUUACACAUCCCUUAUCUGGCGCUAACUUUAAUAAAAAAAACACAUUAAAUUAAUUGAGAUAAUAGAUAUUAUUUUAUGCUUUGAUUGUGGUUAACCUCAAUUCAUACCAAUAUGUUAAGCAAUCGUCAGUUUAUAUUAGAUUUAUUCUUGAUUGGCAUUCAGAUUUUUUAAUAUAUUUUAUUAGGUUAUGAUAAGCAGAUGGGAGUAUAUUAAAUUCAAGAUUUUCCUUAUACUAGGUUUUUAGUGGGCAGAUUAUCAGAUAAAUUAUUGAUAAACCUAAGAAAGUUUUUGCACAUAUUUUGUCUUGUUACUCUUCUCACUCUGCAAAGAAUGGUGAAGUAGGGUAGGUAGGUUUUUUUUGUGAUAGGUUAUUGUUUAGACUCUAAUUAAAUUUGGCUGUAAGGUGGCGAUGCAAUCAAUACAGAAUCAUUAUGAUUUAGGAAUGAUGAUGUAAGAGGUCAAUUUAUUGAACUUGCUAUGUAAAUAUACUUUGCUUCUGCUUUGUCAUUUUAAACAUUUGUUAGGAGGUAACAUUAUAGGUGGAAAGAUUACUUUGUAUAAAUUGUUUAACAUUUAAUUUAUUUAUAACAAAUUUAUAGUCAUAAAAAAAUCAUUAUAGGUACAUUUUUAUUAUAAAAGAUAGGUAAUUCAGUUGACAAAUUGUAAAUAGGUUCUGGAAACUUUAAUGUUGUACAUAAAUAUUCCCUAACACCAUACCAAUGUGAACUUAACAUUUGUAAAACUGAAUUAUGUAACACAAUAAUCAUAAAUACAUGGUGAUGAUUUU